AAUCACUCAUCAAGGCAUAACUCCCACGUCGAUUCUGCAGUUUUCACGUUGGGCCAGCUGAACAUAAUUUUAUAUCUCUGGCCUAAAUGAUUAUUGUUUGGCAUUACUUGCUGCUCAUAAGCACUGCUGCUACUUUGUUUCCUACCUGGGGAAGAAACCGUUAAGUUUCAGACUUCAGAGAGAGAGGAUUGGAAGAUGGAGGCGGCUCUGCUGGGUGAAGAGGGCGGUGGCUCCACUGCACGUUGGCUCUACCGGAGAGGUGGCUUCAAUCGUCGCUCCGAUGCUAUUGUCUACGGCUCGUCUUACCAGAAGGCCGCUGCUCUUGUUGAUCUUGCUGAAGAUGGGGUUGGUAUACCUGAGGAAAUCCUUGAGCAACCAAACUUUUCAAGUUCUGCAAAGCUAUACUUCAUUUUUACAAAUUUUGAUUUACUGUGGUCCCUAAAUUAUUUCGCUUUAAUUGUCUUGAACUUCCUCGAGAAACCGUUGUGGUGUUCCAAGCAGUCGUCGCAUUCUUGUAGUGACAGAGAGUACUACUUUCUAGGGCAGCUGCCUUACUUGACAGGCACCGAAUCACUCAUAUAUGAGGUUGUUACUCUUGUAAUUCUCGUGACACAUGUUUUGUAUCCAAUAUCAUAUGAAGGUUUCCAGAUCUACUGGAAAAAUGUCUUCAAUAAGCUGAAGGUCACAUUGUUGUUAGUUUUUAUUGCGGAUCUGGUGGCAUACGUUUUGGCUCUAGCUGGAGUAUAUUAUCUUCCAUUCAGAGUUGCACCGUAUCUCCGGGUUGCAUUUUUCAUUUUAAAUAUCAGGGAGUUGAGGGACAGCAUCUACAUCCUUGCUGGAAUGUCUCUUACCUAUCUUAAUGUCAUGGUUCUGUCACUUCUGUUUCUUCUGUUCUCUAGCUGGUUAGGAUAUGUCAUCUUUGAGGACACCCUGCAGGGGAAGACUGUAUUUACUUCAUACGGCAAAACAUUGUAUCAAAUGUUUGUUUUAUUUACUACAUCUAAUAACCCCGAUGUGUGGAUUGCUGCAUACAAGGAGUCACGAUGGUAUUGCCUGUUUUUUGUUCUAUACGUGCUAUUGGGUGUGUACUUCGUCACCAAUUUGAUACUUGCUGUUGUAUAUGAUUCCUUCAAGUGUGAGCUUGUGAAACAAGUGGCUCAUAAGGAUAGCGUGAGGCUGAGGAUAUUGAAGAAAGCAUUUAGUUUGAUUGAUCAAGAUAACUCUGGAUUUCUCAACAAAAAACAAUGUAUCCGUCUUUUUGAGGAACUGAACAAUUACAGGACAUUGCCACGGAUAUCGAGAGAGGAUUUUGAGCUAAUAUUUGAUGAGUUGGAUGAUACCCGUGACUUCAAGGUUGAUUUGGGUGAAUUUUCGGAUCUAACCAAAGCGAUUGCACUAAAAUUUCAGAAGGAGGAUUCUCUACCAUGUUUUGAGAGAUAUUCGAAUAUCUACCAUUCACCGGCAUCAGAGAAGUUGCGGGACUUUGUAAGAAGCUCCAAGUUUGAAUACACAAUAGUGUUCAUUCUCGUCAUCAAUUUUGUUGCUGUUGUGAUUGAGAGCACGCUCGAUAUAGCGGAUAGUUCAGCUCAAACCUUUUGGCAGAAGAUAGAGUUUGUCUUUGGUUGGCUCUACGUGGUUGAGAUGGCUUUAAAAAUCUACACUUAUGGGUUUGAGAACUAUUGGAGGAUUGGCCAAAACCGCUUUGAUUUCGUUAUCACUUGGGUGAUAGUUAUUGGAGAAACGGCUACUUUUGCUGCUCCCAAUGGGCUGACCUUUCUAUCAAACGGAGAAUGGAUCCGGUAUCUUCUUAUUGCAAGAAUGCUACGGCUAAUUAGGCUCUUGUUGCAAGUUCGAAGCUAUCGUGCCUUUGUUGCCACGUUUUUGACUCUCGUGCCAAGCCUUAUGCCAUACUUGGGGACAGUAUUCUGUAUUUUAUGCAUCUAUUGCUCUCUUGGCUUGCAGAUCUUUGGAGGGCUUGUCAAUUCUGGGAAUUCGAAAUUGAAAGAAACUGAUCUUGCUGAUAAUGACUACUUGCUUUUCAACUUCAACGAUUACCCAAAUGGAAUGGUGACUCUUUUCAAUUUAUUGGUGAUGGGAAACUGGCAACUUUGGAUGCAGAGUUACAUAGAUUUAACCGGGACGUGGUGGACUUGCAUCUACUUUGUCAGCUUUUAUGUCAUAUCUGUAUUGUGGCUAUUGAAUUUGAUCAUAGCGUUCGUCUUGGAGGCUUUCCAAGUUGAGAUGGAGCUGGAAACUGCAGCAAUGUCUGGGAAUGGAGAAGAAGAGGAAGAAACAGGAAAGCGGCGGCCACGUACUGUCGGAGCAAAGACACGAAGUCAGCGAGUGGAUGCGCUACUCCAUCAUAUGCUCAGCUCUGAGCUAACGGAAAGCUCCACCUCAUAACAGCUUUGUCAUUGCUUCAAGAAUACGAAAGGGAUAAACCAAACGUCAAUCAUCUUAUUUUCAGAUGUAAAUUUUUCAAUAUGAUUUUUAUAGUAAAUAAAUAAAUGUUUGGUGGUAAGUAA